CACUGAUGAUAAAGUUGAAGAAAAUCCCCACACCUCCUGCAGACAAAUGCAGUCUGAACGUUGUUUCCGUUUACUUUAAUUAAAAAGAGGAGAAUCUGAUUAUUUUGUUGGACAUAUGGGUUGCUCAUGGGUUGGCGUCGCAGUUCCGCUUUGUUUUGCGGUUUUCUCCGUAGCUGUCGCCAUUAAUGUGGAGGCGAUAGCCAUGCCGCCUCCUCUGCCCACCGCCGUCGGUGUCCUCUCUUUGGCCGGGAUGGCGCUGAUUUGGAGGGACAUUAGCUCGAAGGUGAAGGGUGACAAGCGGACGUUGGGCAGUCUGUGGAGCCAGUAUGUGGCGGUGAAGGCGGUGGGCUGGCUUGGCAGGCGGCAGCGGAACAAACUAGAAGCCGAUACGCUGAAGGUGAAACAGGUCCAGGAGGAAACUCUGCUGAAGAGACUCCAGAAAAAUGCGGACACUUUCUAUGGAAGAAAGUAUGACUUCCGCUCUAUUGCAGAUGCUGCUGGUUUCCGAGCCCGUCACCCCAUCACCACGUACGACGACUAUCGGGAGUUUAUCCAACGCAUUGCAGCUGGAGAAGAGAAGGUAAUUAUUGCUGAGAAGCCGCUGAUUCUGGCCAUGACCUCUGGGACGUCAGGACCGAGCGCCAUGUUGCUCAGCACCAAGGACACAAAUGCUGACUUCUUUCUGCAGGGGGUGACUGUUUGUCUAGAGGCCAUGCGGCAGGCUUUUCCCAAGUCCGACAGCCUUCAGCGCACCACCAAAUUCUUCUACACCCCCACAUUUCGCCAAUCAGAGGCAGGAAUUCCUAUCGGACCAAAUUCCUCCACACCCGCCUCGUCUCGCCACAUCCUCAACCUCUACACGACUCCAGCUCCUGCCUUUGAGGUUCCCAGUGAGAAGGACACUUUAUACCUGCACCUGCUGUUUGCGCUGAAAGAUCCCAGUGUGGGAACGUUGGAGUCCAACUUUGCUUCUACAGUCUUUUAUGCUUUCACUGCUCUUCAGGAGCGCUGGCAGGAGCUGGUGGAGGACGUGGAGCGAGGGACGAUCAGCAGGGCCUUGACCCUGGAGCCCAAAGUGAGGAGCAGACUGGAGGCUCUAACGAAGCCAGAUGCAGAGAGGGCUGCGCAGCUGCAGGUCUGCUUCCAGGAGGGGUUUGGGGGGAUUGCCAAGCGCCUGUGGCCUCACCUGAACCUGGUGCUGGCAGUGGACUCUGGCUCCAAUCAGAUCUACGGGGAAAUGUUGAGGGAGUAUUACUGCAGAGGAGUGCCCUUCUAUUCGCCCUUCUUCGCCGCUACAGAGGGUCUGAUAGGGGUGAACCUGUGGCCCCAGGAGCCAGACAGACGCUACCUGCUUUGCCCGCGCUCCAUGUUCUGUGAGUUCCUGCCGGAAAGCAGCCUGGAUGAAGAAACCCUCCAAACUCUGCUGAUGGAGGAGGUGAAGGAAGGAGAAAACUACGAACUCGUCAUCACCAACGCUUCAGGCCUUUUCAGAUAUCGUAUCGGAGACAUUGUGAAAGUCACUGGAUUUCAUAACCAGUGUCCAAUUGUGGAGUUCCAGUACAGACGAGGUCAGAUGCUCAACGUUCGAGGAGAGAAAGUCUCUGAGGCGUUGUUCCUCAGAGCGUUGAAGAACGCUGUCGCUCAGUGGCCCGGAGCUCAGCUAGUCGACUACUCUUGUGCCGAGAGCGGCAUCCUGGGCGAUUCAAUAGGAGGCUCAGAUCCUCAUUACCAAGUGUUUCUAGAGCUAAAAGGUGUGAGGAAUCUAACAGAAGAGCAGAGAUACAAGCUGGACAUUUGUCUCCAGAAGGACUCUGCGGUGUACAAGUCGUUUCGUAUAAAAGGCAGCAUCGGGCCGAUGAGGGUGCAGCUGGUGUCAGAAGGGGCGUUUAAGGAGCUUCAGAAGAAGAUGAUGGCGUACACGAGCACCUCGGCCAACACUUUCAAAAUGCAUCGUGUGCUCCGACGGAAAGAGUAUGCAGAGUUCCUGUUGGGGAAAACAGUUUCCUGAAGAUGAGACAUGAAUCAUGAACUGAAAGGAAGUGAAGUAGUAAGAUUUAAAAAGUGCCUUUGGGAGGAUUUGAACACAAAAAAUACAACAGUUUAUUUAUACUUUAGGGCGAUAAUGUAUUUAGUGUUUUUUAUUCUAUUAUGAUAAACAGAUUUGAUUGAAAGAUUAAUUUUAUUCAUUCAGCCGUACUUAUGUGUUGAGAUGUUUUAAGGACAUCUGCUAUUAUUCAGUAAAUACUGUUUUUAUUUCCUAAAAAAAUACUGACAACCAGUGAAUUGGUUAAUCACAUAAAAUCUCAAUCAAAUACAGUUACGUUUGUGGCUGCAAUGAGACAAAAUGUGAGAAAUUUGAAGGGGUAUGAAUAGUUUUGCAAGUUUUUGCACUGAUAUGGUUUCCAACUAGAAAGUCAGUCCUAUGCAGCAUCUGAGUUUGCAUAAUAACAUUAAAUACAUUUAUUUAAGUUCUUAUAGGCACAUUUAAAGCUUGAAGGUGGCAGACGACAGAUUACACCAGAAACUUUCUACCAAGUCGAUAAUUUGGAUUUUAGACCACAAAAAGUAUUUUAUAACAAAUGUUUUAUGACUUAAAAAAAGGUUUAUCCUAUUGAAUCGCCUGCAGGAGAACACAGUUACAGUGUCAUAAGACAGGCGCAAAGUUUCUAACAUUUUGGGUUUGAUUAUUUUCUUUUUUUGAGUAAAAGUGGGUUGAUGCUUGUGGUUCCGAUUACAAAAACAUCGCUAAUAAAUGAGAAUGUGUUUUUUUUCUCUUUAAUACAAUGAAAAAGUGUUCAUCUGCAACAACCACCUAUGCCUAUGUUGAGGCCUGGGCCGAACAAAAUCCUUCAGAGGGUCACAAAUUGCCCCUGGGCCACACUUUGGACACCCCUGGAUUACGCCAUAAUCUCCUUAUUCAGUCAAAAACUGUAAAAAAAUAAUAUUGGGAACAUGUUAGCGUUGGAUUUUAAACUGUUUCUGCAGCUUUAGUGGUUCAACACUAAGUAAAGGAUGUUUCUAAAAUAGUUAAAAACAUUUUUCCGUUCUCAUUAAAGUCUGGACAUAUAUAACUAACAUAUAUAAGUAACAUAUAACUCAUAAUUUAACUGAUAUAUUGCCAAUUUACCUGACAGUUUUUAUGCUUUGGCUUAUUAAUUCCUUGACCACAGAGAUUUUAAAUCAUUUCAAUAAACUCCCUUCUUUGCAUUUCAGUUCUCUUUGCUACCACUUGGAGGUGCUAGUCAGACAUUUAUGACCAACUGUGGUUUAUUUUAAACAACUUGCAAGAGUUUGAAUGUAAAAUCAGUCUGUGCCGUUAAAUCCAUGCCAGAAAUCACUUCAGCAAACUUAAUCCUGUGUCAGUGUGAACUGAAAAGCCUAACGUAUGCAGGGGAGAUUUUAUGUAGAAAUAUGAAAUGAAUGAAUUUAACCAAAUUAAAUGUGAACGUUUAAUUUCACAUUUAAUUUGGAAAUUAAAUGUGAAAUAUA